GAAGCCGAGGGUGCGCAUGACGUCGCGCGUGUGAAUGCAGACGCGCAUCCGCGUCCCACGCUCCGAGUACAUCGGAGCUGCUCAUAAAGUAUGGGCAAAAAGUCAUUUGUCAAACCAGACCUCCCAUGAUCUGAACGAUCUUGAAUCGACAGUCAUUGUGAUUGAAAUACCUGCAAUCUGUGGAAAGCGUAUCGACACCGCUGCACAUUUUCAAGACAAGAGACAAGACUCCCGCCCCGGAAGCAAUCGAACCGGUCAAAAUGCCAAAGCCAUCAGCUUCACGCAAGCGAGCUGCUGAAGAAGACUACGACUCCGACGAUGGAUUCGUCGAGAAGGAGAAUGGCAAAGCUCCCAAAGCGAAGAAGACCAAGAGCUCAAGUAAUGGUGAUAGUGCUGGCGCACUCGUUGAUGACGAUGGCAAUGAGUACUGGGAGAUUUCAGCCAAACGCCGUGUACAAGUGUCACAGUUUGGCAAAGGCACAUUCGUCAAUAUCCGCGAGUUCUAUGAGGCGAACGGUAAAACACUACCCGGAAAGAAGGGCAUCGCACUGCCCAUCGAGCAAUUCAACGCUCUAGUAGAACUGUUGCCUGAAAUUGAGAAAGCAUUGAAACCCAAGGCCGGAGAUCUGCCCAUCUCUCGACCACGUUAUGAUGAGGAGGGCCCCAAAUCGGCGGCUGCCAGCAAUGAGCAGAAGGAAAGCAAGGAGCCCGUCGCAUCCGACGAAGACGAGACAGUCGGUGACGAUAAAAAAGGAAAGCACAACGACAGACCGCAGAAGCGUCAGAAGCAAAAGGCGAACCACGAAGCGACCAGUAGUGAGGAUGAGGGCUGAAGCGAGGUCAACGACGGAAUUUGCGGUAGA